AUGGCAGUCCCGCGAUCACGAAUCCUCGAUCUGAUGCGGGUACAAUGCCGCAUCUUCAACACGACCUUCAACCCCACCAAUGCCCGUCUCGGCAACAAGGUCCUGCGCCAGCGACUGAGAGGCCCGUCGAUUGCCGCAUACUACCCCCGACGCGUAUCUACUUUCAAACAGCUGCGACAGCUGUACCCAGGCGUGGAGAUGUACGACAAUUUUGAAGAGGAUCGGCUGGAGCACAUUCAAAUUGCAAAGAGUCGAGGCAAGGGUGCGCCCAAGAAGAAGAAGACAGCGGCUGAAUCGCGGAAGGGGCAAAAGAAGAAGAGGUGA